AUGGCUGAACUACGUGAUAAUAAUUUUGUUUUAGAGUUACUUAAAGGAUUUAGUAUUGAUAAAGUUGAUAAGGAAAUAUCACAAGAAAUAUGCAAUUAAGUUGAAAUUGAAUUAAGAUCUUUGAUCGAAGAUUCCAUUAAAUUUAUGAAACAUUUUAAAAGAGAUAAACUGACUACUUCUGAUGUUGAAUACGCUUUGAAAGAUAGAAACUACUACGAUAAAAUAUUUGGAUAUGAUGUUUCUGAAAAGGUUUCGUUUAAGAAGCAUGCUAAUUAUUGGAUAAAAUAAGAUGAAGAAAGGGACUUAUAGAGUUACCUAGAAGCUCAAGUAAAGAGCUUAAAAAGAUAAGUAAUGUAGCCAACUGUUACAGCUUGGUGGAUGUCUAUUGAUGGUAAAAUACCUCCUAUCAACGAAAACAAAUUCAUUAAAAAUAAGGCUGCUAUUUUAAAAUAUGAUGAGCUUAAAAAAGAAGAAUAUUCUAAAAACUUUAAUAUCAUCAAGGAUAAACCAAGAUCUCUAUUAAGUGAAGAAAUCAAUAAGUUUUUUGUUGAAAUAACAAAAGUCAUAGCCGAAACUGAAGAGCAAAUCGACAAUCCUAAAUUAAAUCUUCCAGGUGCCCCUUUUAGAGAAACUCCCAAACUUAAAAUUAUUUUGAAUAACUUGAAGACAAACAGUGGUUUAACAAGUUUGCUUCCAUUUUUGUUAAAUUAUUUGUAUUAGGACUAUGACUUAGAGAACAAAAAUGGAGUUUCUAAAAAAUACAUUACAUUAAAAAUACUACAUUCUAUCAUUUUAAAUACUGGCAUAAAUAUAGAAUUCCAUUUGCACAUAAUUAUUAAAAUCUUAAUUCAUUUCAUAACUGCUUCAGUAUUGAGUACAAACAAAUGUGUGGACGAAAUUCAGUUUAGAGAGCAAAGUGCACAAAAUCUCUCAUAUCUAAUAAACAGAUUCACUUUUAAAUACAUAACUUUAAAGUAAAACAUUUGUGACACACUUCUAGGUAUUCUUAAAGAAACUCUCAAUUAAAAAAUUCUCAAUUACUAAGUUUUACUGGGUAUAGUUAUGACAUUCAGUCACUUUGAAUCUAAUAUCAUAAGGCAAUUAAUUUUACCAACAAUAAUGCAAAUUUUCAUGAAUGAAGAUUUCAGAAAAGAUUUAAAUUGCUUAGCUUCUAUUAAUUUACGCUCGUAACAAAGAAGCGAGUAUAUAAAUUUAUAAAACUAAAAUAGUAUGGAAAUCGAGCAAUAAUCCAAACCAAAUAAUACUGAAGAAAAUGAUAAGGUAAAAAAGUAAAAAAUCAUUAAGGAAAAUAUAUAAAAAGUUAUUAAAAACAACAACGAAGCACACAGCCUCUUGAACGAGUUAAAGCUUCUGGUUUUAAAGGUUUUCAAUGAAUAUUCAUUUGCUACAAGCAAAACUGAGGCUCUUCUAUUUUAAGAAUUAGAAGAAUAAUUUAUUACCGAGCUCAAUCCUCUAGUAAUUAGACUCAUCUAUAAUAAUAUGCCAAUAUAAUUAAAAUACUUAGACGAAAGAUAAUAUAAUCCUUCCUAUAUGAAUUUAAUGCUUUGA